AUGACAGUGCCUGAUGAGGUUGAUAUUAUUGUGUGCGGCGGUGGAUCAUGCGGCUGUGUCGUUGCUGGCCGGCUGGCCAACCUCGACCACAACCUGCAGGUCUUGCUCAUCGAGGGCGGCGAGAGCAACCUGAACAACCCAUGGGUGUAUCGGCCAGGCAUCUACCCAAGGAACAUGAAGCUGGACAGCAAGACAGCUUCAUUUUACUACUCCCGGCCUUCCGAAUGGCUUGCCGGCCGCCGGGCUGUUGUUCCUUGCGCUCAUGUCCUGGGCGGAGGCAGCAGUAUUAACUUCAUGAUGUACACUCGGGCCUCUGCAUCAGACUAUGAUGACUUCCAGGCCAAGGGGUGGACCACAAAGGAACUUCUCCCCUUAAUGAAAAAACACGAGACGUACCAGCGCUCUUGCAACAACAGAGAUAUCCACGGCUUUGAGGGCCCCAUCAAGGUCUCAUUUGGCAACUAUACCUACCCCAUCAUGCAAGACUUCCUGCGGGCCACCGAGUCACAAGGCAUCCCGACAACAGACGACCUCCAGGACCUCAAGACGGGCCACGGAGCCGAGCACUGGCUCAAAUGGAUCAAUAGAGAUACCGGCCGCCGGUCAGACUCGGCCCAUGGCUACAUCCACAGCACGCGCGCUGUGCACCAGAACCUGCACUUGGCCGUCAACACCAAAGUCGACAAGGUCAUUCUGCAGGGCGACCGCGCCGUGGCCGUGCAGACCGUGCCCACCAAGUCCUUGCAUCCCAGCCAACAGCACUCGAAGACGUACCGGGCUCGCAAGCAGAUUGUUGUCAGCGGAGGCACGUUGAGCUCGCCGCUCAUUCUGCAGCGCUCCGGCAUCGGUGACCCCAGCAAGCUGCGCAAGGCUGGUGUCAAACCUCUCGUCGACUUGCCAGGUGUCGGCCGCAACUUCCAGGACCACUACUUGACAUUCUCUGUCUUCCGCGCUAAACCAGAGACCGAGAGCUUCGACGACUUUAUCCGCGGCGACCCUAUUGUCCAGCAGAAGGUCUAUGAUCAAUGGAACAUCAACGGUACGGGCCCGCUCGCCACCAACGGCAUUGAUGCCGGUGUCAAGAUCAGGCCUACAGAAGAAGAGCUCAGAGAGAUGGACUCUUGGCCGUGCCCUGAGUUCCGCUCUGGCUGGGACAGCUACUUCAAGGACAAGCCAGACAAGCCGGUCAUGCACUACUCUGUCAUCUCUGGUUGGUUUGGUGACCACAUGCUCAUGCCGCCUGGCAAGUUCUUCACCAUGUUCCACUUCCUCGAAUACCCGUUCUCGCGUGGCUCGACACACAUCGUGUCGCCGAACCCGUACGAGGCGCCCGACUUUGACGCCGGUUUCAUGAACGACAAGCGCGACAUGGCGCCCAUGGUCUGGGGCUAUAUCAAGUCACGCGAGACGGCUCGGCGCAUGGAGGCCUACGCGGGCGAGGUCACCGGCAUGCACCCAUUCUUUGCGUACGACUCGCCGGCGCGGGCCAAGGACAUGGACCUAGCGACGACCAAAGCGUAUGCGGGGCCAGACCACCACAGCGCGGGCAUCCAGCACGGGUCGUGGUCGAUUCCGGUGGAGCCGGGGCGCACGCCGAAACCAAACUUCCUCAACAGCAACCAGGCGGACGUGCGCGAUGACCUGCCGUACAGCACCGAGGACCUCGAGCACAUCGAGGAGUGGGUGAAGCGGCACGUCGAGACGACCUGGCACUCGCUCGGCACGUGCAGCAUGGCGCCCCGCGAGGGCAACUCGAUCGUCAAGCACGGCGUCCUCGACGAGCGUCUCAACGUGCAUGGCGUGAAAGGCCUGAAGGUGGCAGACCUGAGUAUCUGCCCAGACAAUGUCGGCUGCAACACGUACUCGACAGCGCUGCUCAUCGGCGAAAAGGCGGCCACGCUUGUGGCAGAGGACCUGGGCUACAGCGGCGCAGCCCUCGACAUGAAGGUCCCGACAUACCACGCGCCGCGGGAGAUCACGGGUUUGUCGCGCUUGUAGAAAGUAGAGGGGUUUCGCUUGUGGGUGAGAAGGAUCCGUUGGCCGUCGCGCGCGCGUCCUGGAGGCGUGGUUUAGGUUUGCUUGCCUGUGCGCGGGUGGAGGGAGGUUGGGGCCGGAAAUGGGAAUG